UUUUAGUGAUUCAUUUAGCUAAGCUGUUUUUUUGACUACAAUGUUUAUGUGAGGCAACAUGUUUUUUAAAAACUGUAUAAAGAUGCUCUUGACAAUUUUUUGGUGUUUUGAAUCUUUUAGCCAAAUCAUGUGUUUUAAUUUUUGCUUCGAUUCUUCACACAAAGAUCAGAGACUGCAAGGCAAUAUAUUCAAAAAAAUUGAUGUGACAAAUGAGAUGGAAUGCAUUGUUUCUUGCGCUAAGGAACCAUGUUGUCGAUCUAUAAACCACAGGAGAAAGUUCAGUCAGGGACGUUGGAGUCUUUGUGAAAUGUUACAUACUGACCUCAAUAAUAGCAAAGAAAACGAUUUGAAACAUAAUCGAUUUUAUGAUUACAUUUUUCUCAAUUCCCCUUUCAAGGAGUACAACAAAACAUGCGAACUUCAAUCGUCUUUUAACAAAAGUUAUGAUUUGCUCUUUCCCAACGCACAUGCUGAGAACAUGAUUCUAAUGGAUAAUAUGAUGCCUAAUAUGUCAGAGAUAACGUUGGUGUUUUGGAUAAAAAUGAACUCAAGUCAACGAAUGGCCCUGUUUUCUUACGCUAUAGAAGAUAGUCCUGAUGAAUUUUUUGUUGGCUUUCAAAAGAAUUGGCUUAUUAUCAGAAUGCAGUCCAAGGAUAUUUUAAAACUCAACAUUCCACAAAUCAACAACGGUUUUUGGCAUCACCUGGCCAUCAUCAUUGGUCACAUGGAUAAAAAAAUUAUUCUUGAUGGAUUUAAAAUUUAUAACACAACUAAGUUAAAUAAUUCAUUACCAUUAUUACAUGGUGGUGGUGUUGUUGCUAUUGGUCAAAAACUUGAAUGUGUGAAUGGUGUUUUCGAUCCAAAAAUGUCAUUUGUUGGUAAAAUAAGUUAUUUGAACUUGUGGAACAAUGACGUUACACGUGAUAAAUCCUGUCAUAAGAUGCUGAUCAUUGAUGAAUGUACCAGUGGUCUAAAUGAAAAUACUUUUGUAAUUAAGUGGAAUCUUAUGUAUCAAUUUGCAAGUGGAAAUGUUAUAAAAGUUCCUUCUUUAGCUAAGUUUGGUUUUUCAUCAUGCAAAGAAGCAUUAAAGGAUGACAGUGCAAAAGAUGGUGUUUACUUGGUAAAGACAAAAACUUCACUUGGCUACAGCAAAGUUUUCUGUAAAAAAACUAUAUCUGGUUGUUCUGGAGAAGGUUGGACGCUAGUGAUGAAAAUUGAUGGGAAUAAGAAAACAUUUGACUUUGACUCAUCGCUUUGGAAGAAUAAAAAUAGUUACAAUAUUGAAAAUGGUAAAACAGGAGUUGAUAAUUUGGAAACAAAAAUUCCUACCUACUGGAGCACAAAUAUAAACAAGAUAUGUGUUGGAAUGAGAUUCAAGGGUGAAACAAAUUUUAUCAGCAUCGAUUUUCAUGCAAAUUCGUUGUACGAUGUCAUUGCCGAUGGAAAAUACCAUCAAACCAAUGUGAGCCGAAACAAAUGGAUGUCAUUGAUUACAGACAGUGCUCUUCAACCAAACUGCAAUAAAGAGGGUUUCAACGUCUUUGACAAAAUAAAUUCACACCCCCGUGUAAGGAUUGGCAUCAUAGGAAAUAAUGAAAAAAAUUGUAGGUCAAGCGACUCUUUCAUUGGAUUUGGCUGUACGUACGAGCGAUGCACGCAAAACGCUCAAAUAAAUAGCUGUGGAAACACGGUUUUCCGCCACAAUAAGGAACAAUUGAAAUCAAUGGGAUACAUUUUUGUUCUCUAAUUUAAAUAAAUGCUUAUUUAGACUACGUUGCUUUUGUUUAAGUUAUAAAUAUGUGUAAUUUGUUUAAUGUAUUGUUAUGCCAACAAGCUUUAGCAUUGCUAAAUGUACUUUCUUCUUUGUUAUCUGCUAUAUGUAUAAUUCAAUAAACUUUUCUUUGAGUAUGUUAUACCAGACUUUUACAGACCUUAUCAUAGAAAGCAGUAUUUAAAGACACUCAUUUGAUAUUUCUAUUGUAAGCAUACAAUAUAUGUAUUAAUUACGACUUGUGGGUUAAAUAUUGGUAGUAAAAUUCAGGUUAGUUUGUGACUGUAGAAGUUACCCGUUAAAUUAUAAAAAAGUCUCACAAAAGAGUAUCCUUUGUAAAUACCUAAAAUGAAACAUUCAGCAGCAGAAUUUGAAUUUUAAUUAGAGUAA